AUGGUGAUGUCUGUAUACGAAUCCGGUGUCCAUUGUACUCUAGUAGGAGACGGAAUGGUUGGAAAGACAUGUCUCGCACGCUCCUUUGCUGACCGGACAUUUCCGGUCAAUUAUGUGGCCACUGUAAUGGACACAUACAGUGGUACCACCUAUGUUGAUGGAAACAAGUACGGAAUCACUCUCACUGACAUGGCUGGAGAGCAUGACGACCUAGCUACCAGUGCAUACAAACAAACAGAUGUCUUUGUGAUAUGCUACAGCGUGGUUGACAGGGACUCAUUGGACAGUGUACGAGACUUCUGGGCCCCCGAAAUCCGUAACAUCGCUAAGAAACGUCCGGUUAUCCUUGUGGCUACCCAGACUGACCUCCGCAAGGAUACAAAGUCUCAACAUGUUAGUACGAAGGAAGGAGAAGUUCUAGCCAAACACAUCAAAGCCGAUGGGUUCAUUGAGAGCUCUGCCAUGGCUAAAGAAGGAGUCUCCACUGUGUUUAAAUCUGUCAUCCAGUCAUCUCUUCGUUACAACAAGAAGAAGUGUAACAUCAUGAAACGGGUGUUCAACAGGUGA